AUGGACGACGGGCCCAGGCAGCAGAAACAGCGCUCUCCUACCCCCGAAGUCUCCCUGGAUGGAAUCAUAAGCCACAUAGGAUUUGGACCUUACCAAGUGAUAGCCUUUCUCCUGGCCGGCCUCACAGCUCUCGCGUUUGGACUUGAAAUCACGGUGUUCUCUCUCGUCGCGGAGUCCCUCCAGUCACAGUGGGGAGUGAAUGGAGUGAAACUCGCCAUUCUACCUUCCGUAACUGGCAUUUCAAACAUCAUUGGUGGCGUCUUCUUCGGCUAUCUGUGUGAUACGUACGGCAGGGUAUGGCCGUAUGUCCUGGCAAUGAUGAACAUUGCCGUGUUCAGCCUAGCCUCUGCCUUUUCACCCGACUACGUCACCUUCGUCUGUCUGCGGUUUGUAGUGAGCUUUGGAGUGACGGGUAGUGUUGUGCUCCUCUUUGCCGCUCUGACUGAGGUUCUGCCAGUCCUCAACCGAGGCAAGGUACUGGUCCUCAUCAUGUUGGUGGAAUCUCUCGGUAUCUGCGCCACAGGAGGUCUCGCCUGGUGGCUCAUUCCCAGAUACCACACUAACGGAUGGCGCUACCUCGUCAUUGCUACCUCUCUCCCUUCGUUUUUCGUGGUUGGGUUUCGUAUCGCUUUCCCGUUUGAGUCCCCGCGAUACCUGGUAGCACGUGGAGACCACAAACGUGCCUAUAAAGUCCUGCGUCGUAUGGCACACUUCAAUGGAAAGGACCUCCCAUUCCCACUUAGUUCCAUCGAGACCCUUCCGAGUAGCACAACACGCAGUCUGAAGACCUCCUGCUUGAAACUAGGCUCAGUGUUCAAGAAAGUCUAUCUCAGAACCACCGUCUCACUCAGCAUUAUUUUUGUCGCCCACACUGUGGCCUACUACUCUCUUGCUCUGUUUACUCCCACUAUUCUCGGAGAUCUGGUCCAAAACAGCUACUUCACGGUCUUCGUUGGCUAUCUUGGUCAGAUACCCGGGGUCAUCCUCAUGUCUAUCAUUGUCGAGUGGAAACAUGUCGGUCGUCUCAAUUCCAUGAGGUUCUUCAUCUGCCUCGCAGUAGCAACUCUCGUUCUCUUUGCCCUCAUACAGAACAGUGUGUCCGUACCAGUCCUGACGAUACUCAUCAAUUUCUCCACUGUCCCGCUGACUGCCCUGAUGCUGUCGUACAUGUCAGAGUACUACCCGACGUCCACCAGGGGUUCAGCCUUGGCAUACUUCAGUAAUCUCUCGGCUUUCUUUGGCAUAUUCUUCCCCUACUUGGCUGGCUAUGCUACAGAUGUCUUUGGUCAGUUCCCCUGGCUCUUUCCGUCCAUAUGGGCUGUUUUCUACCUUGUCGUUCUGCUCGUCACAUUUUGCCUGAAGCAGGAGACACUGAUGGUUAAUCUUUUGGACCAGUAA